AUGGCCUGCCACUCUAACUACAUGGAAGAGCUAGACAAGGUAAUCGGCAGGGAACAAUGGGUUGAAGAGAAAGACAUUGGGAACCUACCCUACAUCAAGUCAAUUGCAAAAGAGGCAAUGCGUUUACACCCAGUGGCACCAAUGUUGGUGCCUCACGUUGCUAGCCAAGACUGUGAAAUAGCUGAUUAUGACAUUCCCAAAGGCACUAGAGCUCUUGUAAACAUAUGGACAAUCGGGAGAGAUCCUAAUCUUUGGGACAAGCCCAAUAAAUUUUGGCCAGACAGAUUCAUUGGGAAGAGUAUUGAUGUAAAAGGUCAGGCCCUUUUACCCAAAUAA